AUGAUUAAAUAUUUCUACAUUCCAGCAUUGAAUAUCGGUGAUCGGGAAGAAUCGUAUCCGCAUCCAGCCACUGCAUAUAAGCUGGGGCGAAGGAAGGCUUGGCAGUCGAAGCAACACGAGAACACGGAGCUCGGGGUACAAGAACCUGGACACAUAUUGGCUCGAGCCACCAGUCCUGUGACCAGUUGGCACGCCGCCGCUAUCUCCUAUGAACCGACCCAACCCAACCCUACCUGA